UGUAUGUGUGCUGAGAAGGAGAGACACGUGCUGAAGAUUAAAAUAAAACAAAAAAAUAAGAAAAAUACCGAAUAAAAAAAAAAACGAGCCCCACGCAGGAGUAACAUAAAAUUUUAUUUUCAUAGAUUUUUUUUUUAUUAUUGUAUAUAUAUAUAUAUUUUUAAGGCGGAGUAUUAUUUAAUUCUACUUGAAAAGAGGAAGAAUAAAUCUUCGCAGCCAUGGGAAGAGGGGAAGGACGCGAGCAGUAUGAGCUGGCUGCGACCUCGGAGCAGUGCAGCAAGAAGAAGGCAAAGGCGAAGAAGAAAGAAAAGGAUAUGGAUGAACUGAAGAAGGAAGUGGACAUGGAUGAUCACAAGCUGAAUCUGGACGAGCUCCAGCGCAAAUAUGCAACAGACCUCAACAAUGGUCUGACUGGUGCGAAAGCUGCUGAGAUUCUGGCCCGCGAUGGGCCCAACGCCCUCACGCCGCCUCCCACCACCCCGGAGUGGGUGAAAUUCUGCAAGCAGAUGUUUGGCGGUUUCUCCAUGCUGCUGUGGACCGGAGCCGUCCUCUGCUUCCUGGCUUAUGGGAUUCAGGCCGCCAUGGAAGACGAGCCUGCAAACGAUAAUCUGUACCUUGGUGUUGUGCUCUCUGCUGUCGUCAUCAUCACUGGUUGCUUCUCAUAUUACCAAGAGGCCAAAAGCUCCAAGAUCAUGGAUUCCUUCAAGAACCUGGUUCCUCAGCAAGCCCUGGUUGUCCGUGAUGGCGAGAAGAAGAGCAUCAACGCCGAGGAGGUGGUGGUCGGCGAUCUGGUGGAAGUGAAAGGUGGAGACAGGAUUCCUGCUGAUCUCAGAAUCAUUUCUGCUCAUGGCUGCAAGGUGGACAACUCCUCCCUGACCGGCGAAUCAGAACCACAGACUCGUACCCCAGACUUCUCCAACGAGAACCCAUUGGAGACCAGGAACAUUGCUUUCUUUUCCACCAACUGUGUUGAAGGAACGGCUCGCGGUGUCGUGAUCAGCACUGGGGAUCGUACGGUCAUGGGCCGGAUUGCCACGCUGGCCUCUGGACUGGAGGUCGGGCGCACGCCAAUCUCCAUCGAGAUCGAGCACUUCAUCCACAUCAUCACUGGUGUGGCCGUCUUCCUGGGUGUGUCUUUCUUCAUCCUCUCCCUCAUCCUGGGGUACACCUGGCUGGAAGCCGUCAUCUUCCUCAUCGGUAUCAUCGUAGCCAACGUACCUGAGGGUCUCCUGGCCACAGUCACUGUGUGCCUGACUCUGACUGCCAAGCGUAUGGCCAAGAAAAACUGCCUGGUGAAGAACCUGGAAGCUGUCGAGACUCUGGGUUCCACCUCCACCAUCUGUUCAGAUAAGACCGGCACCCUGACCCAGAACAGAAUGACCGUGGCCCACAUGUGGUUCGACAAUCAGAUCCAUGAAGCCGACACCACAGAGAACCAGAGCGGCACCUCCUUCGACAGAAGCUCUGCCACCUGGGCGGCUCUGGCCAGAAUCGCCGGACUCUGCAACCGGGCCGUCUUCCUAGCCGAGCAGAGCAACCUCCCCAUCCUGAAGAGAGAUGUUGCUGGUGACGCUUCAGAGUCUGCCCUACUGAAGUGCAUCGAGCUUUGCUGUGGAUCAGUGGCGGGAAUGAGAGAGAAAUACCCCAAGAUUGCUGAGAUCCCUUUCAAUUCAACCAAUAAGUACCAGCUCUCAAUUCACAAGAACCCCGGAGCUGACGCAGAAACAAAGAACCUGCUGGUGAUGAAAGGAGCGCCGGAGAGGAUUCUGGACCGCUGUUCCACCAUCAUGAUCCAGGGCAAAGAGCAGCCUCUAGAUGACGAGAUGAAAGAUGCUUUCCAGAACGCUUACCUGGAACUGGGGGGUCUUGGAGAGAGAGUGCUUGGUUUCUGUCAUUUCAACCUCCCUGAUGAGCAGUUCCCAGAGGACUUUGCUUUUGACACAGAAGAAGUGAAUUUCCCCGUUGAGAACCUGUGCUUUGUCGGCCUCAUGUCUAUGAUCGAUCCUCCUCGUGCUGCUGUGCCCGACGCCGUGGGUAAAUGUAGGAGCGCAGGAAUCAAGGUUAUAAUGGUCACAGGUGAUCAUCCAAUCACAGCCAAGGCCAUUGCUAAAGGCGUGGGUAUUAUCUCUGAAGGCAACGAGACUGUGGAGGACAUUGCUGCACGUUUGAAUAUUCCUAUCAACGAGGUUAACCCAAGGGAUGCCAAGGCUUGUGUUGUUCAUGGAGGCGACCUGAAAGAUCUGACCCCAGAGCAGCUUGAUGACAUUUUGAAGUAUCACACAGAAAUCGUUUUUGCCAGGACCUCCCCGCAGCAGAAGCUAAUCAUUGUUGAAGGCUGCCAGAGACAGGGAGCCAUCGUGGCCGUGACAGGUGACGGUGUAAACGACUCUCCAGCUCUGAAGAAAGCUGACAUCGGCGUUGCCAUGGGGAUCGCUGGCUCUGAUGUCUCCAAACAGGCGGCCGACAUGAUCCUGCUGGACGAUAACUUUGCCUCCAUUGUUACUGGAGUGGAAGAAGGUCGCCUGAUCUUUGACAACUUGAAGAAGUCCAUCGCCUACACCCUGACCAGUAACAUCCCCGAGAUCACUCCUUUCCUCCUCUUCAUCAUCGCUAACAUCCCUCUGCCUCUGGGAACUGUCACCAUCCUCUGUAUCGAUCUGGGAACAGACAUGGUUCCCGCCAUCUCUCUGGCUUAUGAAGCUGCCGAGAGCGACAUCAUGAAGAGACAGCCCCGAAACCCCAAAACAGACAAACUGGUGAACGAGAGGCUGAUUAGCAUCGCGUAUGGACAGAUCGGGAUGAUCCAGGCGCUGGCGGGCUUCUUCACCUACUUCGUCAUUUUGGCGGAGAACGGUUUCCUGCCUUCCACCCUCAUCGGGAUCCGAGUGAACUGGGACAACAAGUACAUGAACGACCUGGAGGACAGCUAUGGGCAGCAAUGGACGUACGAACAGAGGAAGAUCGUGGAGUUCACCUGCCACACCGCCUUCUUCGUCAGCAUCGUCAUCGUACAGUGGGCCGAUCUGAUCAUCUGUAAGACCAGGAGGAACUCCGUCUUCCAGCAGGGCAUGAAGAACAAGAUCCUGAUCUUCGGACUGUUUGAGGAGACUGCCCUCGCCGCCUUCCUGUCCUACUGCCCCGGCAUGGACGUCGCCCUCAGAAUGUAUCCUCUGAAACCCAACUGGUGGUUCUGCGCCUUCCCCUACUCCCUGCUCAUCUUCAUCUAUGAUGAAAUCCGUAAACUGAUCCUCAGACGCAGCCCAGGAGGCUGGGUGGAACGGGAGACCUACUACUAAAGACCCCAUCAGUCCAGUCGACUGCCGUCUUGUCCUCCACUCCUCCUGUCCUUGCAUGAAUAUUGUCUUGCUGCUCGGA